GUAUUGGCAGGUGACCCACGUAAUUUUAAAAUUUACUGACACAUAUGUAACAACAGUGCUGCCAACCAUAUAAGUACUUAUAUAGUGGCACUUCCUUACAAAUGUGUACAGUCCAACUAUCAUCAAGAGCAACCAACACCUUUGCAGUGGAAGAAACAUUUUCCCGAAGCACAUUUAAAUUCUUCUGAUGGAAAACUUGGGCUUCAAUUGUUAAGGCUCUUCUUCAAAGUCUAGAGCAAGGAAUUCUCUGGUGAAGGAACUUCAUUAGGUUUUGUUUUCAGAAUUGACACCAAGGAAAAGGAAACUAUGUACAUAUUCGAAACAGGAAGAGUGUACUUUGCAAAUUAAAAAGUAGUGCACAGUGCAGAAUAUGGAAAAGGCAACAGCAUGUGACUAUCCUGGAAGCUAUACUUUUGAUGAUACAUGGAGUCAUGAAAAGUUCAAGAAAAUUUUUAGUGUCCAAAUUGUUAAGUGGAAUGAAAGAGAAAUGGAAUUUGACUUGAUUGGAAUACAUGCAGCCAUAGCAAAUGCAUUUAGAAGACUCCUUCUUUCAGAGGUUCCUAGCAUGGCUAUAGAGAAGGUGUUUGUGUACAACAAUACUUCACUACUGCAAGAUGAGGUGCUUGCUCACAGAUUGGGUUUAAUUCCACUUAAAGCUGAUCCACGGUUAUUUGAAUACAGACAGCCGGGUGAUGAAGAUGGAACAGAACAGGACACUUUGGAAUUUCAGUUGAAAGUAAAAUGCACUUGGAAUACAAAUGCUCCAAAAGACUCCACAAACCCUGAUGAUAUUUACAAGGACCAUAAAAUAUAUACCAGGCACAUGAAGUGGUUGCCAAUUGGGAGCCAAGGUGACAUAUACAAGGCGAAAGAUGUAGGACCUGUGCAUGAUGAUAUCUUGAUCAGUAAGAUGAGACCAGGACAUGAGCUUGAUCUUAAACUUCAUGUUGUUAAAGGUAUUGGGAAGGACCAUGCAAAAUUCUCACCUGUUGCUACUGCAUUCUAUAGGCUUCUGCCAGAAAUAAUCCUUACUCGUGAUGUGGAGGAUGAACAAGCUGAAAGGUUACAGAAAUGCUUCUCCCCGGGUGUUAUUGGUAUUGAAGAAUCUAAACAUGGGAAAAAGAAAGCCAAAGUUUUGGAUGCUAGGUAUGACACUUGUAGCCGAAAUGUUUUCCGUUAUGAAGAUCUCAAAGAUGCUGUGAAGAUGGGCAGAAUCAAGAAUCAUUUCAUUUUCACCAUUGAAUCAGUUGGAGCAUUGCCACCAGAUGUCCUGUUUAUAGAGGCUGUGAAAGUGUUGAAGUUAAAGUGUCGCAUUUUCCUGGAUGAGUUGAACCGCGCGUGACACCACGUUCAGGAAAGAAGAAGGAAGUUGUGAGGAGGACUGAGAGACGAGAUGACACUUCAUAACUCUGUGUCACUAAGAAUGUGUGGAUUUUUAGAAGAAUGUGUAAAAUAAAUUCUUUUCAUUAUCCUGUGGUUCAUAAA